AUCUGUGGGCUGAACGUGACGACGCUGAAAUGGGCAGCUAUAGCAGAGCAAGAAAAGGGUUAGCAGCCUUUCCUCAACACACAUGGUUUGUGGCUGCAUUGCAUUCUGGUCUAUGGUAGCUACCCCCAACGGAGAAAUUGCUGCAUGUCAGUAAUGUGUGAUUAUUGACAACACUAGUCCUUUUUCAGGCAUUAAACUGGAAAUAUUGCAUGUCUUCUACUUUUGAGCAGUUAUCAAUAGGAGCAAAAAAUCUGCACAGAAAUAGUUAAACAGUAAUAGUUGUUUACAUCACUGACAUUUGUGUCAGGGUGGAUUUUUCCUGCAAUAAACUUGCAUCGUGUUUUGAAUAGGUGCUGGGUUGUGUGACAAACACUGAAGGAUUUGUGCCUGUUGUUUGUUUGUUUUUUGCGAUGAGUAUUAGCAUUUUACUGUUGAUGUCCUACUGAUGUUCUCUUUUCACACCAGUCAGUAAAUUAAGACAAUUCUCUCUCUGUUCCUUUCAGUCUGGUGGUGCUGGUGGCUCUCAACAUGCUGCUGUUCUACAAGCUGUACGCUCUGGAAAGGGCGGCCCAUACACUGGAGACAUGGCACUCCUACUCUGUUGCUGACAGUCCUUUGCCUCAGACAGCUGGAGAGUGGGCUCAGGUCUUGCAGCUUCAGAGGCAGUUUCACCAGGCUCAGCUCAGCAAGUGGCAGCAGAUCCUGCAGUCCUCGGUCACACUUCUCGACCAGAUGAAGCAGUCUUUAGAAAAGCUCCACCGGGGCAUCGUGGUCCCGGAGGUACAGCAGGACCCAACCGAUGACACCCUCACAGAGUCCCUGACUGACGCCUGAGCCCUGCCUCUUCUGGUCAGCACCCCCCACCCUGUGACUGUCUCACAUCUCUGGUAGAAAAGAGGGGCCUGGUCAACUUGGAUCAGGACACAAUAUGCUAUUCCCUCAUUUCCAAAUCGAAAACCAGGAAUGGGACAUGUAGGGGUGACUACCUACCUACGGGAUUACCUACAACUCUCCUCGCCUGACUGACUUGAAAUGGCCACGUUCGCCUUCAGCCUCAACCAGUAAUAACUUCAAUGAACUCAUUCAGACUGGAAGCUAUCAGGACCACAGCAAUAAUUUACCUACAGUUCCUCUAUAUUUAGUGUAUGAAAACAGGCCACUGGUGGGCCGAUUCAGACCAUCCACUCCACAAGAAUCAUAGACAUUUCAAAAUGGCCAACUGUGUUUCAGAAUAACUUGACCUCCUUAAUUUUCAGAACCCCACCCCCAUUAUAUGACUAUCACAGACUUCAGCUCUUCUUCUGACAGGCAACAUUUUAUAGGUGCAAUGGGAAGGGAUCAAUGAUUGUGGAAAGUGGUCGCUCUUCCACUUAGUCCUGGGAACAGUUAGAUACCUUUUGCCUCCAGUGAACGCCUGCUGAAACAAAAUGGGGGGGGGGGACACCACCUGCUGUGUGGAUGAGACAAACACCCAGAAGGAGAGGGGAGAGUGCCGUCCCCAGCAGGGCGCCUCUCUCGCUCUUUCUGAUCUGACAGGGAUUUGUUCGUCCAUGUCAGAGUUGAGCCCCCGUCAAUCCUCUACGAAAGGGGAUGAGGGACAUUACAACCCCAGACACUUUAGUUUUCACCCUUAUUUUUAGAUAUAAAUUAUACAUUGGAAGAUAAACACCCUCCCACUCCUCCCAGUCCUGCCUGGGUUUUAUCUUUUUUCAAAAUUCCUGUCUUGGGUUGGUUGUUAAGACAGCAAGCUGCAUCUGACUGUUACAGUAUUUAUUAUUACCAAUGACUUUUGAUCUGAAGUCCUGUCCUGCUCCUUAAGAAGUCAUUGGGUGGGUGUUUUGUGCUCUGAAUUGCUGUUGCAGUGCGGACCAAGAGGAGCAACACGAGAAGCAUUACUGUCACAGCAAUAACGACAAUUGUGAUUCUAGUACUUUUUGAAUGUUUCAAAGUAGUAUAUAAUAAUAUGAUAAUAAUGAUAAUAAUAAUGUGUUGUGCGUGUGUAGAGGCAGUGAAAAAUCAAGCAAGAAAGACUUGACAGAUGCGUGCGUGUGUGUUCAUGAGGCGUCCUCAAUGUUACAUUUUCAGAUGUUAAAUUUUCAUAUUAGCGUUUCAAGAGUUUGUUUUUGGAGAUUUCUCUUUCACGUUUGGUUGCUCACUCUUUGUAUCACAGAGCCAGACUUUAACAGUUUAGGAUUUACCGUAGACUUGAUCGGGUAGAAACCUAAAUAUCAGAACAGUCAGCUACUUCGUUGUCCAACUGGGCCGGUGUUUCAAAACAAAAGGACCAACCAGGCUUGUGUGAAGAAAAAGGGAAUCGGUUUCCUCAGUAUUGUUUUUUUUUGUGUGUUUGUAAGAUUAAUUUGACUCACUGUUUUUAUUCAGUUCUUUUUUUUUUUUCUUUCAUUUUCUAUCUUUAUUAUUUUGUCGUCUUUAUUUGUUGCUUAUUUUGCCAGUCCUCUCCAUCCACUGGAUUCAGGCCUCUUCUGAUGAUGUGAAAACAUUUCACCCAUCUGUUCUCCCUCUUUGUUUUUGUUUUUCUUCUUCUCAUCACUCAAACCCACUCUUCCUCUCUUUCCUUUAUGUGCUCUUCCCCUUAGCCCCACUCUCUCUCUCUCUGUCUCUCUCUCUCUGUCUGUGUGUGUUUCAUUGAAAAUGGCGGCUACAGAAGCAUGUUGACCAUGCUGUGCAUGGCCAUCCGUGGAUGACAAAAGGGUGUAAUAUUUAUUUAGGGAGGGAGGGGUUGGAUGGGGGUGGUGUCUGUGGUAGAUUGAGAGAGCGAGAGAGAGAGCUGUAUGAGGAUGAGAAUGUACUGUAAAGAUGUGAUUGUACACCACACCAUGGAGAGAAAUGAAAAGUUCUAAAAGAUGCAACAACUCCUUGCUCAUCUUUGAGUCUGUGUGUGUUUUUACUUGAAAAUAUUUGGGAAAAAUGUAUUUAUUUUCACUACUGAUCUAGCUGUCUGUUAUUAGGUCCAAUAAAGGUCAGUAAAUGGUUAACAAAAAUGGCCAUCACAAUA